UGCAUCAUUGAAGUUGGCAACCUUAAUCUAUUGCCAUUUUCUGAUUUUUUCUUUGUGAAAGGUAUCAAGAGGCUCAAAAGGCCUAAAUUUUAAACGCUAUAAAGUGAAUUCAGUUCGUAGUGAUAUUUAAAACAAAUUUCAGCCAAAUGGCACUCAACCCACAGUACGAUGCUAUCGGAAAAGGAUUCGUGCAGCAAUAUUACGCUUUGUUCGACGAUCCGGCGUCACGAGCAAGCUUAGCAAAUAUGUACAACGUUGAGACAUCUUUUAUGACCUUUGAAGGAGUACAAAUACAAGGUGCAGCUAAGAUAAUGGAAAAGUUAAAUGCAUUAACUUUCCAAAAAAUUGGUAGAUUAAUAACAUCAGUGGACUCACAACCAAUGUUUGAUGGAGGAGUUCUAAUUAAUGUACUCGGCAGAUUGCAGACAGAUGACGACCAACCGCACGGCUACCUCCAAACGUUUGUUUUGAAGCCAAUAGGAAACUCAUUCUAUGUAGAGCAUGACAUAUUCAGGCUGGCACUACAUGACGUUUAAAUUGUCUUACAACAUUGGCAGAUGUGACGAAGAUCCUCCACACCCGUACAUGCAGACUUUCGUAUUGAAGCCACUCGGAGAAUCAUUCUUUGUCCAACAUGACAUAUUCCGCCUCGGCAUCCACGACGUAGCCUAACUUUAAUCAUCACACCUCCAAACAAGGUCAUACGUAAUGUGUGAUCAACGCUGUAAUAAAUCUUGUUUUGGUUAACUAGGUAUAAGUAACGAAUUGAAUGAAUUGCCUAAAUUCAGCUUGUAAAACAGGAAGGUGGUGAUCUCAAUGUAUUGAUCAUACACGUGACGUGAACAACUCGAAGCCUUAUUGAAAGUUUAUGUAAUAUUUCUAAUAUUUCUUCACACUACAUAAAUCAGUAAUCCCGUAUUUUUUUUUGGCUUCUAAGACGGCUUUAGUUAAAAUAACGGCGGAUUUUUUUUUCAGUUACAUGUAUACAUACAUUUUAUAAAAUAAAUAUAAUUUUAUAAU